AUGACCCACUCCAGCCAGCACAAGUUCCUCCAGCGGUGUGAGCAGGCGUACCUGUUGGUCCAGGGAUUUCUAGAAGACACUUUGCCCUGGGGAAAAGUUCCAGAAUCACGUCCGGAUUAUCGUUAUGAUCCACAGUUAAGAUCACAUGUCAAGACCAAGAUUUCAGACAGUAUGGAGAAGUUAGCAGCCUCAAUCGACCGUCAUGGCCUCCAGGAAAUAGCCAUCUCAUACAACGGUGGAAAGGACUGCCUCGUGAUGCUCAUCCUACUCCUUGCCACCAUCCAUCAAAAGUUCACCAAGCAGCCAUCAGCCAUUCCCGAAGACUACAAGCUCGACUCGAUCUACGUGAACUCAGAGACCCUCUUUCCGCAAUUGACCCAGUUCAUCCAGGAGUCGACCCAAACCUACCACCUCAACCCGAUCAUCAUCCAGUCGUCGUUGAAAGAAGGCUUCGAAAAGUACUUGAACGAAAUCAACACCAAUAUCAAGACCAUAGUGGUGGGAGUCAGGCAUCUGGACCCCUACGCAGGCAACCUCAGCUUCGAGCAGACCACAGACCAUGACUGGCCCAAGUUCCUCCGCAUCCAUCCCAUUUUGAACUGGAACUACGUGGAUAUAUGGGACUUUCUCAUUGGGUGCAACCUACAGUAUUGCUCCAUGUACGAUGAGGGAUACACCAGCUUGGGAGGCGUGAAAAACACGGUUCCCAACCCAUUCUUGAAGGAUGGAGACCGUUACCUUCCUGCGUAUCGGUUAACCGAGGAUGCUGAUGCCCGAGAGAGGUUGGGCAGAAUAAAGAAGUAG